GGAAAGGGGAAGCAGGAGAACAGUCCCACAAGAGACCGGGAGCUGGCGGAGAGAGGAGCCAGCAGACAGACUGCCAGCCUCCUCGGUGUCUCCCACCUAAGGCUACCAGCGUCUGAGGAACUAUGAGCCAAAGCAGAGAUCUGCAGGGAGGAAAAGCUUUUGGACUGCUGAAGGCCCAGCAGGAAGAGAGGCUGGAUGGGAUCAACAAGCACUUCCUUGAUGAUCCCAAAUACAGCACUGAUGAGGAUCUGCCGUCCAAACUGGAAGCCUUCAAGACGAAGUACAUGGAGUUUGAUCUGAAUGGAAAUGGAGAUAUCGAUAUUAUGUCCUUGAAGCGAAUGCUGGAGAAACUUGGGGUUCCCAAGACCCACCUAGAGCUGAAGAAAUUAAUUAGAGAGGUGUCCAGUGGCUCCGAGGAGACGCUCGGCUACUCUGACUUUCUCAGAAUGAUGCUGGGCAAGAGAUCUGCCAUCUUGAGAAUGAUUCUGAUGUAUGAGGAGAAAAACAAAGACCACCAGAGGCCGACUGGUCCCCCAGCCAAGAAAGCUAUUUCGGAGUUGCCCUAAUUGGAGGAGGAUAUAACAUGGUGGGACUGAGGAGCUUCUAAGGACAGCAGCAUGGAAAAAAGAAGCAGUUGUGAGCCAGAGUCAAACUAAAUAAAUAAUGCUCCCUAGUGGGCCAA